AGCAUAGCAACCGGAACAUGAACAGAGAGAAGUCCACUUUUGAUGACGUAGGCAUAACACGAGGCUAGAAGGAGCGUUUUCGUUUUGCUGUUUAGCAUCGAGGACCAACUUUAACUCAUCAUGGGGAAACAGAAAACAAAGAAAUUUGCAGCGAUGAAGAGGAUGAUCAGUCUGAAGGAUCAAAGAAUAAAAGAGAAAGACCGUGCUAAAGCAAAAGAAAAAAAGAAGAAAGAUCCAUCAGCAAUUAAGGAAAGAGAAGUCCCCAAAUAUCCAUCAUGCCUGUUCUUCCAAUACAACACUCAGCUCGGCCCGCCGUACCACAUUCUGGUCGAUACAAACUUCAUCAACUUCUCCAUCAAGGCCAAGCUGGAUAUUGUUCAGUCUAUGAUGGAUUGUCUGUAUGCCAAAUGCAUCCCUUACAUAACAGACUGUGUGAUGGCUGAGAUUGAGAAACUUGGAAUGAAAUACAGAGUUGCACUCAGGAUAGCUAAAGAUCCCCGCUUUGAGCGUCUGCCAUGCACACACCAGGGAACCUACGCUGACGACUGUUUAGUCCAACGCGUAACACAGCAUAAGUGUUACAUUCUGGCAACAGUGGACAGAGAUCUGAAGAGAAGAGUCAGGAAAAUUCCUGGAGUUCCAAUCAUGUACAUCUCCAAUCACAGGUAUAAUAUUGAACGGAUGCCUGAUGAUUAUGGUGCCCCAAGGUUUUAAAAUGUCCAACGUUGAGCUGAACCUGUAAAUACAAAGAUGACUGCUGGAUAUUACUUCUUUGUGUAUUUAAAAUAACAUAACUUGAUGUUUAUUUCAUUUCCAGUUUUGGUUGUCAACUUUCAUUUUGAUUUGUUUCCAUUACUUUUUCCCAUUUAUUUUUCUUUUUGAACAAAUAAAGUUUUGAAGUGCUUUCUGCAGUUAAUGCAAC